GAACUAAAAUUAAGCAUCCCCAUCGAUAAAUUAUGUGAAGGACUUUCACCAGAAUUUAAAGAAUUAUUGGUAUGCGCUCGAAAGCUGUCCUUCAGCCAAACCCCAGAUUAUGCACAUUAUCGAGGCUUAUUUGACAGUCUUCUUUUCAAAAAAAGUUUCAAGGAUGACUAUAUUUAG